AUGUCGAACCAACAAGGCGCAAAGAUCACAGUCUAUUGGCUCGAGAAGUCUCGCGCCCAGCGAGUCAUCUGGCUCCUCGAAGAGCUCAAGCUUGAAUAUGACAUCCAGGUUUUCAAGCGCGACAAAGACGGCCGCGCAGGCCCAGAACUGAAGAAAUUCCACCCUCUCGGACGCUCGCCCAUAAUUGGAAUCACGCCUGCCGGGUCUGAGAAAGAGAUCAUCGUCACGGAAAGCGAAGCAAUCCUCGACUACGUCUGCGACCACUUCGGCCCGCAGCUAGUCCCGCGCCGCUACCCCGAAGGCCAGGAGGGCGUUCUGGGCGCAGAGACCGAGUCGUGGAUGCGGCACAAGUUCCUGAUGGGGUACGCCGAAGGUUCAUUCCUGACCCCGCUGCUGGUCAGCCUGAUCACAGCGGGCAUCAGAAGCGCCCCAGUGCCCUUCUUCCUGCGUCCCAUCACCAACGGCAUUGCCAACAAAGUCGACAGCUCGUACACCAACCCGGAGAUGACGAACCACCUCGACUUUUUGGAAGGCUACUUGAAGUCCAGCCCGAGCCAGGGCGAGUUCUUCUGCUCCGAUAGCCUGACGGCGGCGGAUAUCAUGCUGCAUUUUGCGCUCGAGGGCGCCGUCAAGAGGAAGGCGCUUAGUGAGCAGAGCUACCCCACGCUGUACAAAUACGUCAGGAGGCUGCAGGAGACGGCCAGCUACAAGGCUGCGGGCAACAGUGUGGAGAAGGCGAGUGGGGAGAAGUAUGUUCCCUUCUCUGAGGCUUGA